AUGCUAAAACAUGUGAAACAUUGUGAUCUAUCACACUGCCCAUAUCUAUCUAUCUCACUGUUCAUAUCUAUCACACUGUUUAUAUCUCACAUUGUUCAUAUCUAUCUAUCUAUCUAUCACACUGUUUAUAUCUCACAUUGUUCAUAUCUAUCUAUCUAUCUAUCUAUCUAUCACACUGUUUAUAUCUCACAUUGUUCAAAUCUAUCUAUCUAUCUAUCUAUCUAUCACACUGUUUAUAUCUCACAUUGUUCAAAUCUAUCUAUCUAUCUAUCUAUCACACUGUUUAUAUCUCACAUUGUUCAAAUCUAUCUAUCUAUCUAUCUAUCACACUGUUUAUAUCUCACAUUGUUCAUAUCUAUCUAUCUAUCUAUCUAUCACACUGUUCAUAUUUAUCUAUCUAUUUUUAAGCAAUUAUUAGAUGUUUUAAAUUUGAUAUUAUUUCUUAUUACUAUAAAUGUUAUUUUUGAGUAG